AUGGCUGCAAAACCAAUGGAGCAAUCAUUGUGGCUGCAUGCAGGGCAAGAAUAUGCUAGCUCUCAAGAGCAAUUUUUAAUUAGCUCUUUUGAAAAUUUAAUUCUGUAUUUAUUGAAUCACACAGCAGAAACAACAGAAGAACUAAAGACAUUUGCUGGAGAUAUACAGUGAGAAAAAUCAAUUCUCUAUUGUAAAUAUUCAGGACAAUCAAAGGCAAAUAGUUGGAUCAGUCUCUGCUGGAUCAGUAGCAAUCUCGAAAACCUUGAUUUUCCCUGGAAAUACUACUGAUGUGCCCAAGUCAGAUAA